UACUUACCAUGCUACCAUAAUGUCGAAAUUAUGCGUUAUGUCCGUCCUUGUUAUUGUUUUAUUAAUAGCACCCGUGUUUAUGACGGGGGGCAAAGUGCCAGAAGUAAUGACCACACAUGGCAGGGUAGAAGGGACCACUUUGAGGACUCUGAUUCGUGAUACUCAGUACUAUGGGUUCAUGGGAAUACCUUUCGCGAGACCACCAGUCAACGAUUUGAGAUUCUUGCCUCCACAACCUAUUAAAUCUUGGGACGGCGUUCUGAAAGCGACUAAGGAAAAACAAGCAUGUGUCCAGUAUAACACCAACAUAAAAAAGGGUCAAAGUUUGGGGGUCUACGGGUCAGAAGACUGCCUUUAUCUGGAUAUUUUCACACCCGACUUAGAUCAAAACAAACGCCCUGUAAUUGUGUUUGUCUACAACGAGAAUUUCGCAAUCUCUCACAACAAAACAAAGGAUUAUACUCCAGAUUUUUUUAUCGAAGAAAAUGUAUUGAUUGUUACUAUUAGUCACCGACUGUCCGUAUUUGGCUUUCUUUCUUUGGAGGAUGAAAGUGUGCCCGGAAACUCUGGAUUAAAAGAUAUAGUUGAAGGCUUAAAAUGGAUAAAAAUUACGAAUUUACUUUUGCGCUUGUUUCGACUUCAUAAAUCUCUGCAGUUACUUUAUUUUCUGUUGAUGCAACAACGGCAAUAG